AUGCACCAGCCGGGAAUCGAACCCGGUGCAAACGGAGAAGCUUUGUGGCUGAAGUUUCAGCUUGGAACCACACAUUUGAGCUCUGCUGAGCUGCUUUGGCUGGGCAGUGAGGGAGGGAGUGGAAGCGGGAAAAUGACAGUUCCCAUAUUCAGGGCCUCAGUUCCUAAGUCUCAUCCAUUGCUCAUUCAUUCCCUUUCCUCUGCUCUACCACUCACAGAUGAAGCUUCAAAGAAGAAGAGGUUGCUCUCUUGUUGUGCUUCAUCAGAACUCAAUCCAGUUCGGCCAGAGCUGUCUUUCUGUGUUGGCACUCAUCUUAUUCCACACCCCAACAAGGUUGAAAAAGGUGGGGAAGAUGCUUUCUUUGUGAGCAGCUACAAUGGGGGAAUUAUUGCUGUUGCUGAUGGUGUCUCUGGUUGGGCUGAGCAGGAUGUGGAUCCUUCAUUGUUCCCUAAAGAAUUCAUGGCCAACGUUUCAUGUCUUGUGGGAGACGAGGAGCAGGUGAACAACAAUCCUCAGAUUCUGAUAGGAAAAGCUCAUGCUGCUACCUCUUCUACAGGUUCUGCUACGGUAAUUGUUGCCACGCUGGAGAGGAAUGGGAUUCUGAAAAUUGCCAAUGUCGGGGAUUGUGGACUAAAGGUUAUUCGUGAAGGUAAAAUUAAGUUUUCCACAUCUCCACAAGAACACUAUUUUGAUUGUCCAUACCAACUUAGUUCGGAGGCUGUUAGCCAAACAUACCUUGAUGCGAUGGUCAGCAGUAUUGAGUUGAUGGAAGGAGACACCAUAGUAACGGGCUCAGAUGGACUUUUUGAUAAUGUUUUCGACCAUGAAAUUGUUUCAACAUUGGCCGGAUACAGAGAUGUUGCCGAGGCUGCAAAGGCAUUAGCUAAUUUAGCAAGCAAUCAUUCAUUGGAUUCAAACUUUGAUUCUCCCUACUCCAUGGAGGCUAGAUCAAGGGGUUUUGAGGCUCCUUUAUGGAAGAAAAUUCUUGGAAUGAAGCUAACAGGCAUGGUGGAAAGCCCGAUGAUAUCACUGUGA